CUCGACCCCUGCAGUUGGCGGAGUGUUAUUGUUUUGUGAUCCAGUGUGGAGUGUUUUUUGAGAAAAAAUCAGAGAAAAUUCAAAAAAAAAAUGCAAAAAAGCAUAGUGAAAGUGUGUAGAAUGAAUUUCCGCAGAGGAUUCAGUACAAAAGCGUGGAAGAAUCGUCGAAGUGUACUCUUGCAAGACGAAGACAAAAUCCCAGUGGAUAAAUACAGGGUUUCCGGCCCCAAAGAUCAUCGGGUGUUUGUAUGGGGAUUAUCAGAGACUGGGGCACUGGGUGUGAGUACUAGUUUGUGGAAACACAAACAGACAUACGCAGCUUUUGUCCAACAUCCAACCCGGCAAUCUUUUGCCAAUUCCCAUGACGUCCUGGACGUGGCUUGUGGCUAUGGAUUCUCCCUGUUCCUCACCAAGGAAGUCAAAGGCAUCCAGGUGUUUGGAACAGGGAUCAAUACAGACUGCCAAGUGGGUUUUCACAAGCACGGUGGCGAGACAAAUCGCCCCAUGGAGCUUCUUGUCUACCCAGCUCCCAUUGAACUGCCCAAAAAAUCCCCAGAGGAAAAGCUGAAGAUAAAAUCCAUGGCAGCAGGACGUGCCCAUACAAUCCUGCUAGCAGAAUCUGGGGAUAUAUUUGCAAUGGGCAAUAAUUCUUACGGGCAAUUGGGCAGGGAAAUUGUCGAAGGGGAGGAUUACAUGAAGAGUCACAUAAUCUACAGAUUCGCUCUGGAAAACGAAGAAACGUCCAGUGUCUACUGCGGACAAGAUCACACAAUGUUCCUCACAAAAUCCGGAAAAGUUUUCGCGUGUGGCUGGGGAGCUGAUGGCCAGAAUGGGAAUGGCACGUAUGAAACUUCCGGAAAGAUUUCUCAAGCUCUGGGCGAUAUUGCCAGUGAGAAAAUUGUCAAAUUGGCUUGCGCAGCGGAUUGUGUCCUCGCGCUCAGUGAUAAGGGGGAAGUCUUUGGAUGGGGCAACACGGAAUACGGGCAGUUGAGCAACUUGGGGGGCAGAGUUCAACAGAUUCACACUCCUGUCCACUUGUCAUCAUUGAAAAGUCUUGGAAGGAUCACGGACAUUGCGUCAGGAGGAUCUUACUGCCUCGUUCUCAACGAUCAUGGCGAUGUUUUUGUUUGGGGCUAUGGAAUACUUGGUCUUGGACCUCAGGCCGAAUGUGUUCUGACGCCCAAGCAGAUCCCAGCUACUCUGUUUGGUCGGAAUGACUUCAACAGGAAUAGCAUGGUGACGGGAAUUUACAGUGGCAUCAGCCACAUGGGUGCAAUCAACUCUGAUGGGGAUGUCUUUAUGUGGGGAGUGAAUAAGCACGGAUGUCUGGGCUUGGGACACACAAAGGACAUGUAUUUCCCCUUCAAGGCAUCUCUGGGGGCCAAAGUGAUGAAGAUCAGCUGUGGAGUGGAUCAUACACUGGCUCUGUGUAAAGCUUUCGUGUGAGACAGAGGAAGAUUGCAAGUCAAAAUAAAAGUAACCCCAGUGACCAAAAAAAAUGCAAGGUAAAAGUCCCUCCUCA